AUGGGAUUUUCAUUCUUUAUCGUCUGUCUCCUCGUGAGCUUCAUGGGGGGUAAUGUUCUGUCCAGUAAUCAUCAAGAGCAUCGGCGCUUUGACAUCCCGACUCUCCCAGUUCUUGGGUCUAUUUUUGAGGGAAAAACUUAUGAUUAUAUUAUUAUUGGGGCCGGUACAGCGGGGAUGACCCUUGCUGCCCGUUUAUCUGAAGAUCCCGACAUCCAUGUUGCGGUUGUCGAAGCAGGAAUCGAUUAUGCCCUAUCCCCGGCAAACAAACCAUUUGUUGACACGCCUGGAGCCGAUACUUUGGGAUGUGGGAGCAAGCAGGAUGAUGCCAUAAACGAUGCAAUUGAUUGGCGGUUCAACACCACACCACAGUCAGGAGCCAACAACCGCACAGUUAGGUACGCUCGGGGAAAAACUAUCGGGGGCAGUUCGGCACGCAACUUUAUGGUUUAUCAACGCGCAUCCAAAGGCUCUCUAGACAAAUGGGCUGAACUAACUGGGGAUCCCGAAUGGAGCUUCGAAAAGCGCUUUGUUGAUUAUCAAAAGAGCGUGUCAUUCACCGCUCCUAAGUAUGAUUUGCGCCAGGAAUCACCGCGAGCUCAAUAUGAUCAGCUGGCUUUCACCCAAUCUCACGGUCCUGUUCAGGUCUCCUACCCCAACAUGGCCCAGCCUUUUUCCAAGUACAUGCAACUCAGCAUGAAUGAGAAAGGUAUUCCCACAAGCCAGGACUUCAACGGAGGAAAUUUGAGUGGAGUGCAAUACGCUUCAACAACGAUUGAUCCACAAAACGGACAUCGGUCUUCCUCGCGCUCCUUCUUUACUGCCGCACGUUCUCGGAGUAAUUUGGUGGUUUACACCACUGCAAUGGUGAAAAGGAUCACUUUCGACGAAUCCGCGCCGCCACGAGCGGAAGGAAUUGAAUUCAUUUACACAUUGACCGGCUUGGCUGACAAGCUACUCGCAAGGAAAGAAGUAAUCGUUUCCGCCGGUGCUUUCCAGUCCCCCCAACUACUUAUGGUUUCGGGUAUCGGGCCUAAGGAUCAGCUUACAGCCAACCAAAUCCCAAUACGCGUCGAAAAUCCAAAUGUUGGACAGGGAAUGCAAGAUCACAUAUUCUUUGGGCCUUCUUACCCGGUCCAUUCUAUUGAAACGCUGACUCGCGUGGCGACACGGCCCGACUAUCUCGCCUCUCAAUUCUUGAAUUUCACGCUUUCGCAACAGGGGCUACUGACAAAUAACGUUGCAGACAUGAUUUCAUUCGAAAGCUUCGACAUAUCAAAGUUGACGCAACUAAAUUCACAUCCGCUUUCUGCUUAUCCUACCGAUUGGCCUCAUGUCGAAUACUUGAGUGCAGCCGGUCUUGUGGCCGACUUUUCCAAUCUUAUUACUCAAAAUGCGUUAGCUGGUACGACUACCGGAAAGGAGUUUGUGACCAUUUUGGCAGCUUUGGUCGCUCCACAGUCCCGUGGAACUGUCAGGAUUGCUUCAAAUGAUGCAUCCGUCCCCCCUCUGAUCGACCCAGGAUGGCUUACUGACCCCGUCGAUCAAAUGAUAGCCAUCGAAGCUUUCAAGCGGACCAGGGAAUUCUUCUCAGCUCAAGCCAUGCAACCUAUCCUUGAUGGCCAGGAGUAUGUACCAGGUCCUUCAGUCAUCAGUGAUGAUCAAAUUCUUGAUUGGAUCAAGAACAACCUCAUGACAGUGUGGCAUGCUGCUUGUACUUGUUCAAUGAGAACCAAAGAGCAGGGUGGAGUGCUUGAUUCCCAUUUCAGGGUGUAUGGCACUAAAAACCUUCGUGUUGUAGAUGCCUCAGCAUUCCCUGCGCUACCACCAGGCCAUCCUCAGUCCACGGUCUACAUGAUUGCUGAAAGAGCUGCCUCUUUGAUAAAAGAAGAAAACUCUUAA